AUGCUCCCUUCACAAAAACCAGCACAAAGGCCAGCACAAAGGCCAGCACAAAAGCCACAAACACAACCACGAAGACCGUCAAGACCCCCACGAAUACCACUUAAAGUAACUCAAAAACUUAAGGAAUUGAUUAAUAGUAUUCGUGGUCCUCCAAAUGCCAAAGAUGUUCCAACAAAACCAAAUUACAAAUUGGCUGAAACCAUUCCAUUAAAAUUUACAGUGGAGGAUCCAAAAAAAGAGUUUAAUCUAAUGAAACUUUCUGGACGUGGAAAAGUAGAUUUAAAAACCUUUGCUCAACCUGUAAAAUUGACUCAUAAAAAUCCUAGAACGAUGGAUGAUUAUAUCAAAGCAACUUCAAAACGUAGAGCUUUUUUCCCAUCAUCUACAUCACCAAGAGUUUCUUCCUUGUUAGCAACUAAAUAUUCAACAGCUUCUUCCUCCUCGUCAACGACUAAAUUACCUACACGAGAUGGUGUUGACCUCUCGUUAAUAGCACCUUAUGGUGGAGCAAGACUAACUAAGAAAAUAUCUAAACAAGGAGUUAUACCAUUAGCACCUCCUCCAAUUGAUAAAGCUACAAGAAAAUCAAUGGACGAUUACGGACCUCCCUUGGUAUUAGAGGCUGCUGAUGGAACUAAUACUUGGGUUGCACAAGAAAGGAGUCUGGAGCCUUUUAGAUAUGGUGCAAUUAAUCAUAAAGUUGACGAAAAAGGAAAAAAAUAUGCUGAACUUAAACUACUUGAUCGUUGGUUUGUAUUUAAGAAAAGGAUCAAACCUGACGAAUUCAAAGACGCACCAAUACAAUUUUUAAACAAAAAUCGUGAAAACGAAAUACUAUCUAUGAAGAGAUCGAUUGAAAAGGGUAAAGGAAAAGAAUUGGUGGAGAAAGAAGGUGGGAUUUAUGACAAAAAACCUAGUCUUAAAACUGUAGAAGAUAAAGUAGAACCUCUAUUCGGAUCAUAUGAUGAUGACAGAGAACCUAAAUCUCGUCAUCAUAGAUUUGAUGAUGAUGAAUUCGAAGAAAUGGAUUAUGAAGAGGUGUUUGAAGAUGACGAAGAGGAUAUUAUUGAUUUACAAAACCAAGAUUAUGAUCAUAGAGAUCUAGUAUCGGCUAGGAGGAGAUUUUUUAGUGCUAUUUCUGAUGAUGAAUUUGGGGAUGGUAAGAAAAGAAAAAACAAAUUAACAGCCGAAGGAAAAAAUCUAAAAAAACUCAUGAAAGCAUUGGAAAACAAUGAUGCUUAUGAUAGUGAUAAUGAAUCGGAUCCUUAUGCAAGUUCAACUGAUAUUGAUGAAUCAGACGAAGAGAAAGAAACUCCGGUUACUCGGUCAUCGACAAUCUCCAAAACUAAACCAACAGCCACUAAAACAUCAACAGCAUCCGCUGCUACUGGUAAACCAAAAGUUAGAUUUGCAACAAGCUUAACAACAUAUACACCGUCAUCUUCUUCAAGUUCCACAUCUAAACUAGAGCCAAAAGCUAAACCCAAAUCUAUAUUAAAACAAAAAUCUGUUUUGACUGCAAUAGCCAGUUCAUCAUCAACAUCAUCGCCUACGACAUCAUCGUCUAAUACAAAAUCAACAAAUAAAGGAAAAUCGAAAUUAUCAAUUCCAACACCACUGAAACUAAAACUGAUAACUAGAAAACAACCUCCCAAUAAUCAAAAUGAAUCGACAACUACAACAACAUCUACUCUUGUCGAAACUGAAUCAGAAAAGAAAAAAGGAAAGAGAAAAUUAAACUUGGAGUCUACAGAGUCAUCAACUUCAACAGUCGCUUCUUCUUCUAGAAAACGAACUUUUGAUGAAUCAACAACUACAGAAUCCGCUCUUGUUGAAACUGAAUCAGAAAAGAAAAGAGGAAAAAGGAAAUUAAACUUGACACCUACAGAAUCAACAACAUCAUCAUCACCUAAUACAACAUCAACAAAUAAAGAAAAAUCAAAAUUAUCAACUUCAACACCUCUGAAACUAAAACUGAUAAUUAGAAAACAACCUCCCAAUAAUCAAGAUGAAUCGACAACUACAACAACAUCUACUCUUGCCGAAACUGAAUCAGAAAAGAAGAGAGGAAAAAAGAAACUAAACGUGUCUUCUGCAGAUUCAUCAACUUCAACAGCCACUGCCUCAUCGUCAUCAACCACCACCACUGCCUCUAGCACUAUAUCUGAAAAACAACCUCUUGAUAAUCAAGAUGAAUCGACAACUACAACAACAUCUACUCUUGUCGAAACUGAAUCAGAAAAAAAGAGAGGAAAGAGAAAACUAAACUUGGAGUCCACAGAGUCAUCAACUUCAACAGCCACUGCCUCAUCGUCAUCAACCACCACCACUGCCUCUAGCACUACAUCUGGAAAACCUCUUGAUAAUCAAGAUGAAUCAACAGCUACAACAACGUCCACUAUUGUUGAAAUUGGAUCAGAAAAGAAGAGAGGAAAAAAGAAACUAAACGUGUCGUCUGCAGAUUCAUCAACUUCAACAGCCACUGCCUCAUCGUCAUCAACCACCACCACUACAUCUUCUAAAAAACGACCUCUCGAUAAUCAAGAUGAAUUAACAAUAACAACACCAACUCCUAUCGAAAUUGCUGAUUCAGAAAAGAAGAGAGAAAAAAAGAAACUCAAAUUGUCACCUACAGAAUUAUCAACUUCAAUAGUCACCGCUCCAUUAUUAACUACCACCACUAAAUCCUCUAGGAAACGUCCACUUGAUAAUCAAGAUGAAGUGACAACAACAUCCACUCUUGUCGAAACUGAAUCAGAAAAGAAGAGAGAAAAAAAGAAAUUAAAACUAGCAUCCACUACAACUUCAACAACUUCAAAGAAUGUAACUACCACUCAACAAUCAUCAUCAACUGCAUCCGUUGAUAGCACUAGUAGUGGCUCUUCUGACGCCAACUUGAUCUCUGAAAAAGAAGUAUGUGACUUGAUUAGAGAAGAAAAGCUUAAUGUUAAAGGCAUCCUUAAAAAAUUUCGGCAUAAAAUUAAUAUAGAUGAAAGAAACAAAGAUAUUCUCAAGAGAAUUACAAACAGAGUUGCUACUAUUGGUAAAAAUGAAGAUUAUUUGAAGUUGAAACCCCAAUACUCUUAA